AUGGUUCCGUCGCCGAUGUUUAUCCCCGACGAUCUCAUCGGCGAGAUCUUCUCCGCUCUUCCAGUAAAAUCUAUUCUUCGAUUCAAAUGCGUUAGCAAGUAUUGCGAUAACCUUAUUUCCGAUCCCGAUUUUGUAAAAUUUCAUCUGAAGAGAUCACCAACAGUAAAUCCGCAUUUCAUACUAAAGACCGAUCACACCAUAAAAAUCCUAUGUGAGUCCCCCUAUGGAAAUGACGAUGAAUAUGACGUGGAUGAAGCUUUCAUUCCCUACUCUGUGAGCAGUUUGAUCGAGAAUCCCUCUUUCUCCGUUGAAGUCGAUCCUUACUACAUGGUGAAAAAUUACGAAUACCGUUUAGUUGGUUCCUGCAAUGGAUUGAUCUGUUUUGUUGGUGAAAAUCUCACAAGCCAGUACUAUGAGUUCUGGCUCCGUUUAUGGAACCCAGCCACCAGAACAAAAUCUUCAAACUUAGGGUUCUUAAGCUUCUUUCAUAAUCGUUCCGGCUCCGUUAAUGAUGGUUAUUACAAAUUCAACUUUGGUUAUGAUGAUUCUACAGGAACUUAUAAGGCAGUGGCCUUGCGCUACAAUAAACGUGAACUGCGAAGUAAUGUUAGAAUUCUAAGUUUGGGUGAAGAUGUUUGGAGAAAUAUUGGAAGUUUCCCUGUUGAUCCUAUGUAUUUGAACUCAGCUUAUCAAACUUCUGACGUUGGUGUGUAUUUCAAAAGCACUAUUAACUGGUUGGCUAUUCGAAAUCGUUUUUCUUAUGAUUCUAACAAUAUCAAGGAUAUUAGUGUUGAACAAUUUGUUAUUGUUUCGCUUGAUUUGAGGACUGAGACAUACAAUCAGUACUUAUUGCCUCGUGAUUUUGAUGAGGUGCCUCCUCUAGCUCCUAUCAUCAGUGUGUUGGGGGAUUGUCUUUGUUUUUCUUAUUGUUACAAGGAAACUGAUUUUGUUAUAUGGAAGAUGAAGAAAUUUGGAGUUCAAGAUUCUUGGACUCAAUUCCUUAAAAUUAGUUUUCACAGUCUUCAAAUUGGUUAUGACUAUAGUGACGAAAAUUUAAAGUACCAUUUUGAAUUGGUUCCGUUAUUUCUUUCUAAGGAUAGUGAUACACUUGUACUUAAAAGCAGUCAAGAAUACCAGGAAAUUCUCUAUAAUUGGAGAAGUAAUAGAGUAGUGCGAACAAAUAUUACUGCAAGAAAAGCUAUUACCGAUGAUAGAACCAUCGAUUUUGUGUCAUGCUCGGCCAUUGGAUAUUUUGAAAGCUUACUUCCAGUGAUUUGA